AUGUCGCAAGAAUCAGGACUUUUCUCCGUGCGACGGCCGAGAGAGACACUCGGCGCCGUCUCUCACAAUGCCUCCGCGAUUCCGAUGCCAGCAUCUGCAAUGAAGCGCUCAAAUUCGACAUCAGGAUUUGGCGCAGGAUCGCAAACGACGAAUCACGCACGAUCAACCUCUGGCUCACGAAUGUCACUCGCGCCUGGAAGGCCUUCACAACCAAUGUUUCGAUCAUCAUCUGGCGACAAUCUUGCAGGAAUGGGGUUCUCUACUGUACAGCGACCGAGCACACAGAACAUCUUUGCGAGCACAGGCGGUGGGAGGAAGAGCUUUGCGCCAGUGAGCAGCACACCCGCGAAUCCGAUACAAUUGCAAGAAAGCACAGCGCGAAGGAGCAGCGUAUACAGUGCGCGACCAUCGGCGGGGUUCGGACCACAAGGACACCAGUCUUUCUUUGCGACCGCACCUCCGAUGAACGGCAUACCCGCGGAUCCUCGACGACUACGCGACUCCAGCACAAGGGCUGCAAUGGGCCAGGAGCUUAUGGAGUUCCUGACUCAACGUAACUUUGAAAUGGAGAUGAAGCACAGUCUGACACACAAGACAAUGUCUUCGCCUACGCAAAAGGACUUCAACCUCAUGUUCCAGUUUCUCUACCACAACAUCGAUCCAUCUUACCGAUUUCAGAAGAACAUUGAUGCGGAGGUGCCUCCAUUACUCAAACAACUGCGAUACCCAUUCGAGAAGAACAUCUCGAAGAGUCAACUUGCGGCUGUCGGAGGCAACAACUGGAGCACGUUUCUCGGACUUCUCCACUGGAUGAUGCAGCUGGCCAAGAUGAUGGAGCAGUACAGCACGGGGAUGUGGGAUGAUGCGUGUGCGGAGGCAGGAUUCGAUGUCAGUGCGGAUCGGAUCACAUUCCAAUUCUUGUCAGACGCGUACAAGGAGUGGCUAUCGAUCGAGGAUGAUGACGACGAAGAGGAGGAGGCAAAGAGAAGGAUUCAGCCGCACAUCGAGGCGAUGGCUGUCAAAUUUGAGCAGGCGAAUGCUGCAAACCUGGAACAGCUGAAGCAAUUGGAGACUGAGUCGGAGGCAUUGCAGAAGCAGAUUGACGAUCUUGGGAAGAGCGCUCCAAGAUUGGCCAAAUUGGACGAGACUAUCAAAAUUCUGGAGGAGGACCGACAGAAAUUCGAACAGUACAACGCGAGCAUGGACGCCAAGGUGGAGAAGUACACGCAUAGGGCGUCUCUGCUGCAACAAGAGAUUGAGAAAUGCGAAGCAGAGAUGGCGGAAGCGGAAGCGGAACGGACAGAACUGCAACGAAAAGUCGACGAGCAAGGCUUGAGCGUGCAGGACAUCGACCGCAUGAACACCGAGCGAGAACGACUCAUCAAGGGCGUGGAAAGUACGCAGACUCGUCUCGAAGAGGCCAGAGAACGCACAUCGAAGAAGGAGGGAGAGACGGGCGCCAAGCUCGACGAACUUGAACAAUGCGUACAACGGUAUAAUAGUCUGGGCUACCAGAUCGGCGUCAUCCCCUCGACUGCUCAGAACGCCGCGAAGUUCGAGUACGAGAUACGGCUGCAGCUGAACUCUGGCCCGGACUUCUCUGCAUCACAACAGUUCUCCGCUUCAACCAGCGUAGCGCCCUCCUCAGAUCGCCUGCUUGCAGACUCGAAUACAGGCUACUCACCACAACAUCUUCUCCCGACGCCGGACCUCAAAGAAUGCAAACGACAACUGCAGACUUUACGAAAGACUCUAUCCGACCGAAGGAACACCGCGCUGGAAGAAGAUAUGGCCAAGAUUGACAUGCUGGACAAGACUCGUGAAGCGCUCGAAGACAAGGCAGCCGAGCUGGAGACUCUCAAGCAUCGCGUAGGUGGCGCACAAGAGGCGUUCGAGAAAAUGCGAGAAAUUGGCGCCACACAGGCGAUGGCCAGUGAGGCGCAAAUCGAGAAGAUGGAGAAGGAACUGGGACGGAUGAGAUUGGGCAUUGGAGAGAGUGUGGACGUCGUCUCGGGCAUGGAGAUGAAUGUCAAUCUUGAAUACGAACAAAUGACCUUCCGUGCCGCCGAGCUACGAGAAGAGCUCCACACCGAGCUGGAACGGAUAUUGAAGUACGUUGUGGACUUCAAGAUCCACAUCCAGGGCACUUUGGAGAACUAUGAGACUUUUGUUGCGGGAGAGGUGGAGUCGGAGUGGGAGGAGAAGGCGAUGGAUGAGGCGAGGCUUGGGACUGCGCGACAAGACUACGACCAUGAUGGAGAUGUGUUUGAUGAGGAUGGUGAUGUGAGUAUGGAUGAUUGA